CUACCAACGGAUGCCCGGGCUUACUGAGUUCCAACUGAAGUCUAACUUGUUUGAUGUGCAAAAUUAACUAACCUGCAUGGAUUAGCCUGUAUCAUGAAGGGUUUUGUGGAAUUAUUGACGGUCUGCGCCAUUCUACCGAUAAGUCUGGCUGGACGAGGUGACCCAGAGCGGCACUCGCUGUACUACGUGUACACAGCCCUGUCAAAGGCUGUCAAUGCACCAGGCAUCUUUGAAUUCAAUGCCAUGGGCCUACUGGACAACAGAAAAAUUGAUUACUAUGACAGCAAACACCAAGCCAAGAUUCCUCAACAGGACUGGAUGAAAGAAAAGCUUCCAGCGGACUACUGGGAAAAGGGCACCCAGUCACGUAGAAGCAAAGAGCAAUGGUUCAAAGUCAAUGUGAACAUUCUGAUGGAACGCAUGAGGCAGAAUCAAUCUGAUAUUCAUGUCCUUAUGUGGAAACAUGGAUGUGAGGUUGACAAAAUGGCAGACGGUUCUUUCAGGUUUGUUCGCGGUGUUGAUGCAUACAGCUAUGAUGGCAAUGAUUUCCUUUCCUUUGAUGAUGCAUCAAUGCAGUGGGUUGCCCCUGUUCCUGAAGCUGUACCCACAAAACAGAAGUGGGAUGGGGUUCCCAUCCUGAAUCAGUACACCAAGGGCUACUUGGAGAAGGAGUGUGUGGACUGGCUGGAAAAGUUCACAGAAUAUGGGUACAAAGAAUUGAAACAACAAGCAACAGCUUCUCCACCAAAGGUUCAUUUUUUUGCUAAAGCAACCAGAUCUUCAAAUACACUCCAGUUGACUUGCAUGGCCACAGGUUUCUACCCCAAAGAAAUUGACAUCACCAUUCUGAAAGGGAAGGAGGUUAUAAUGAAAGGUGAUUUAAGGGAUGUCUUACCCAAUGGCGAUGGAACCCAUCAGAUCAAACUGAUUGUGGAGGCCCAAAGGUCAGACAUUGAUGAUUAUAGCUGUGAGAUGUACUACAUGGGCCUGGAAGAACCAAUUAUGAAAGUUUGGACCUUGGCUCCAUCAAAGGUUAAUCUUUUUGCUAAAGCAGCCAGAUGUUCAAAUACACUCCAGUUGACUUGCAUGGCCACAGGUUUCUACCCCAAAGAAAUUGACAUCACCAUUCUGAAAGGAAAAAAAGUUGUAAAGAAAGGUGAUUUAAGGGAUGUCUUGCCCAAUGGCGAUGGAACCCAUCAGAUCAAACUGAUUGUGGAGGCCCAAAGGUCAUAUAAUUAUACCUGUGAGGUGAACCACAUGGGACUGGAAGAACCAAUUACGAAAGUUUGGACCUUGGAUGGAGAAUCAUGUCCUCCUGACUCUAGUUCAUCCAUGAGUAGAGUGUUGCCAUUGCUGAUUAUGGUUAUGCUCAUGCAAUCAUACUGGGGAUCUUAUUUUUCAUUGUUUUUAAACAAUGUGUUAUUGGAGAUGCCCCAGUAAGAAACUUAAGAUGAAGAUCAAGCAUGCUCCUUACAAGCUAUGAGCCAAACUGUUUUGUUGGAAAAAAAAAUUCUGUCCCUGAGGUUUGAAUAACUUUUAAAAUGUAAUGUAACGUGAAAUU